AUGAAUCCCCGACUAGUCACAAUGUUCAACGACUCUCUGAACACGGGCCGGAUUCCGGAAGACUGGAAACAUACCACAGUUGUCCCAAUCUUUAAAGAAGUUAACCAAUCGGAUCCGUCCAACUAUCGUCCGAGCAGUCUCACCAGCAUCGUUGCCAAGCUCCUGGAGCGUAUUCUGCGAGACUACAUAAGCGCGCACCUUCUACAAAUCGUUUUCUUGUGCAACGCCCAACACGGAUUCAUCAAAGGUAUAUCUUGUCUAACAUACCUGUUAUGUUUCCUUGACGUAUUGACACAGAAAUUAGACGAGGGAACGGAAGUCGAAGUGUGCUACCUGGACUUCCAGAAAGCACUCGACUCAGUUAACCACAGGUUAUUAGAUUUCAAGCCCCGAGAAACUGGGCUUAAUCCGAAAGUCGGUAACUGGUUUAGAGCUUUCUUGUCCGGGCGGACCUACAAGGUUCGUGUGCGGGGAUGUCUGUCGGAGGUGGGUUCCCCCACGAACAAGGGCCCACAAGGAUCCAUCCUAGGUCCUCUUCUCCUCCUGGUCUACGUCAACGACAUAAUAUCAGGUUUGGAGAAGCCCUGCUUUUUGUACGCGGAUGACAUCAAAUUAGUUAAAAACCCGGACGACAGAUACUCCUUGCAGAGUGACAUCUUAAAGAUAUGCGAGUGGUCGCAAAAAUGA